AUUCAAGCAGAGUGAAAGGCGCAGCGAAUUUUCCAAUUUGUUGCGAAGACUCAGAGUUCUGUCUUCAAAGAAGCAGAUGAGUGCACAUCAUGCUCGCCUCACAUUUUUGCCAGCUUUCCAAAUCAAGCCGCUCACUUGCCUGCUCUCACUUUCAGCAAGAUUCUUCCCAGGUAUCCGACGCGAGCUGCUCGAUUGUCCAUUCUCAUUUUCUGCAAGCCUUAUCUGGAAACCGCCCAGCCACCGCAUUCGUCUCCGUCUCCUUGUCCCCUGCAAACUUCUGGAGAAGUCACCAACAAAGGAAGUUGCCAAGAGGUCCUCCUAGACGCCAGCACAGCUACAUAAUCUUUGAUCAUUCCUCGAUGGCUAAUGAAAACGAGCCCCCGCAGCCAACCGCAGCUUCGCCUGUGCCUGAGCCUGCCCAGAAACUCGCAAAGGUGGACAUCUCAUCUGCGCUGCGCGUGAAGAAGUUGAGUGAACAUGCUGUGCUCCCAACGAGAGGGUCCCAACACGCAGCAGGAUACGACCUGUCAAGUGCAUAUGAGGCUGUGGUUCCAGCUCGGGGCCAGGCACUUGUCAAGACGGACCUCUCAAUUGCAAUCCCAGACGGCACAUAUGCCAGAGUCGCGCCGAGGUCCGGCUUGGCAAACAAGCACUCCAUCGACGUUGGAGCCGGAGUGAUUGAUGCAGACUACAGGGGGCCUGUGGGAGUCAUCCUGUUCAACUUUUCAGACAAGGACUUCAAGAUUAGCGCUGGCGACAGGAUUGCACAGCUUAUCCUCGAGAGGAUUGUCACCCCUGAGGUCGUCCAAGUGGACGAUUUGGACAUUACAGUCAGGGGAGCUGGGGGCUUUGGCUCCACAGGUGUGACCAACAGAUAGCCAGGGACCGCAGAUGUGUGUACAAAGGUGCUUUCAAAAUCAGUUCAUCUGCAAUUGCAAUUCUUCAAGUUUUGCUUUGAAUCUCCGAAUUGCUCUGGAAUGCAUAUGGGGCGAGAAAUGUAGAACGUAUCGAUCAGAGUUGGAAAGGGGAUGAGAUGCUUGGACAAAUUGCAUGGACCCAAGCUCAGCAUGGUUCAUACCACUUUAUGCAAUACCUAGAUUGGUCCGAUUUGGCAAAGUAUAGCUCCUGUAGUGAUUUUUAUUUUUGAGAACCCAUCUGCCACAUUGGACAGCCA